AGAAGAACAGCUCCCAUCGACGUUUUCCCUACAAAAUCUCCCCUUGGUUCAUUGCAAAGCCAUUUCUUGAAAAUUUUCAAUUUCUAUCUUCUAUUACUGUAACUCGGGAUCCAAUCCAAAUCAAUCGUUUUUACAACAAUGUUCUCGGAAACAGGCAACAUUAUCCACCCGGAUCCCAACGGCUCGUCGUCGUCGAGCUCCAUGGACGCCGACGACACGCGCAACACCAGCUUCUCCUCGUACGACCCGAAUCGCCUGAGCGGCGACUGCUCCCCGAUGAUGAUGUCGCCGUGGAACCAGCCGGCGGCGCCGUGCUCCGAUUCGACAAAAUCCAUGUUCCAGAGCCAGGCCCAGGACAGCCUGAUCGGAUCCAUCGUCCGGGAAGAAGGCCACAUAUAUUCCCUGGCCGCCAGGGACAGCAUUCUCUACACGGGCUCCGACAGCAAGAACAUCCGCGUCUGGAAGAAAAUGCAGGAGUUCUCCGCCUUCAAGUCCAACAGCGGCCUCGUCAAGGCCAUCAUCAUCUCCGGCAACAAGAUCUUCACCGGCCACCAGGACGGCAAGAUUCGUGUCUGGAAGGUCAGCAGCAAAGAUCCCAGCGUCCACCUCCGAGUCGGCAACAUGCCCACUUUCUUCGACAUUUUCAAAGCUUCCAUGAAGCCCAGCAACUUCGUCGAGGUAAAGCGCAACCGCACCGCCGUCUGGAUCAAGCACGCCGACGCCAUUUCCUGCCUCAGCAUCAACGAGGACAACAGGCUUCUCUACUCCGCCUCCUGGGACAAGACUUUUAAAGUCUGGAAGCUCGACAGCUCCAAAUGCGUCGAGUCCGUCAAGGCGCACGACGACGCCGUCAACUCCGUCGUCGCCGGCGCCAACGGAAUGGUCUACACAGCGUCCGCCGACGGGACCGUCAAGGCCUGGAAGAGGGAGAACAAGGGAAAGAGCGUGAAGCAUACAUUGAAGCGGACGUUGCUCAGCCAGGAGGUCGCCGUCACGGCGUUGGCGGUCAACAGUUCCGGCACCAUGGUCUACUCCGGCUCGUCCGACGGGCUCGUCAACUUCUGGGAGGUGGAGAAGGAGCUCUCCCACGGCGGCAUCAUGAGGGGCCACAAGCUGGCGGUGCUCUGCCUCGCGGCCGCCGGAAACAUGGUGUUCAGCGGCUCCGCCGAUAAGACAAUAUGCAUCUGGAGAAGAGAUCACGGCGCAGCCCACACUUGCAUUUCUGUCCUGACAGGGCACACCGGACCCGUCAAGUGCCUCGCGGUGGAGGAGGACAAAUCCGCCGGCGACGGCGACACAAAGUGGGUGGUUUACAGCGGGAGUCUUGAUAAAUCAGUGAAGGUCUGGAGCGUGUCGGAAAUGGCAUCGCCGCUGUAGAUCCAUUGCAACGAUGGGCUAGACACAUUUUGUUAUUUAGGAUAACAGAUAACUAGCGUUAAGCAGAUCCUGCAUCGACUUUUGUUAAUAUUAAUUAAGCAAUCGCAACUUUGGGAAUCUGUCAUUUCGGGCCAAUUAGUUAAGUUUUUAGAUCAUUCAAAUUUGCAACAAGGAGCCAUAACACAGAGAAAAGAGUUUCCAGAAGCAAUCUUAACCUCAACACACAAAAUUAAGGCAUAAAGAAGAGAGUUGCUAAGUUCUCAGUAAGAGAGCCUGCGGGAGUGUCGGCUUCUCGAUUCAUCCAAGUCCGAUCCAACGAGGGCUACUGGAUUUCCCCCUUCUAGCAUUUUCACAA